GUUUGCUUUGUCAACCAACCAUCCAUAACGAUGUUCAUUAUGUUUUUGCAUAUUUGACCAUCUCUGUUGUAAUUUUAAGCACAUUAAUCACUCUAUGCCACUCAUAGAUAGGCAGGAUAACAUGUAAUUCUCCCUUGUAUGCACAAUUAUGUAGGCCUAUGUAUUUGCAUGUGCAGGGAAAUACCAUAAUGCAAGCAGCUGAUUAGCAUCCUAACUGCAGCAUAGGGACCAUCAUCACUGCAGCUGUGCUGUUGGAUCAUCUGAACUACAGACAUCUGACAGGAAAGGCUGGAGAGUGGAGCUGCAGCCAUGAAUUAUUUGCGUCGGCGUCUCUCGGACAGCACGUUCAUCUCCAACCUGCCCAAUGGCUACAUGACAGACCUCCAGAGGCCUGACCCUGCUCAGCCUCCUCCACCUGCCUCCACCACCCCGGCCAAGUCUCCUACAGCAGGGCCUACACCUCCAGCCACUUCCCCGGCUCCAGAGAGGAAACCCCAGCAAUCUCAGUCCACCGGAGCCGGUUUCUUUAGCUCCAUCACCAACGUUGUUAAGCAGACAGCUGCCUCAGCUGGGCUAGUGGAGCAGACCCAAGUCACGACACCUAAGAAGUUCAAGAUCCUCUUGGUUAUCGAUGAACCACAGCAGGAGUGGGCAAAGUUAUUCCGGGGAAAGAAAGUACAUGGGGAUUAUGACAUCAAAGUGGAGCAGGCUGAAUUCAGUGAGAUCAACGUCAUGGCUCAUGCCAACGGGACCUGCAACAUUAACAUGCAGGUUUACAGGAAUGGUACCAAGGUUGUCAGGUCAUUCAAGCCAGACUUCGUCCUCAUUCGUCAACAUGCCUUCAGUAUGACCCAGAAUGAAGAUUUUCGCAACCUGAUCAUUGGUCUGCAGUAUGGAGGCGUCCCAAGCAUCAACUCCCUUGAGUCCAUCUACAACCUGUGUGACAAGCCGUGGGCGUUCGCCCAACUUAUCAACACCCACAGGAAGCUGGGUGCUGAGAAGUUCCCUCUGAUUGAGCAGACUUUUUAUCCAAACUACAAGGAGAUGGUAAGCAUGCCGUCAUUCCCUGUUGUUGUGAAGAUUGGACAUGCCCACUCCGGUAUUGGAAAGGUGAAGGUGGACAAUCACAGUAAGUUCCAGGACAUAGCCAGCGUCGUGGCUCUCACCCAGACGUACACCACCACAGAGCCUCUCAUCGACUCCAAGUACGACAUCAGAAUCCAGAAGAUUGGCACUGACUACAAAGCCUACAUGAGAACAUCUAUAUCUGGUAACUGGAAGACCAACACAGGCUCGGCUAUGCUUGAACAGGUGGCCAUGACUGACCGGUACAAGCUGUGGGUCGACACCUGCUCAGAGAUUUUCGGGGGUCUGGAUAUUUGUGCAGUCAAAGCCAUCCAUGGGAAAGAUGGCAGAGAUUAUAUCACAGAGGUGACGGGCUCAUCCAUGCCACUGGUAGGGGAGCACCAGGCCGAGGACAGGCAGCUCAUUGCUGACAUGGUGCUAGCCAAAAUGAACCAGUCAGCGGAGAAGGAAGCAAAUGCUCCCCAGAGACCCACCACCAUACAGCCAUCCCAGGGAACUGGCCAGAAGGGAGAGAUUGUCGGUGAACCCACUAAGAACGGUGCUGGGCGCCCACCUCAAGGUUGUCUGCAGUACAUUCUCGACUGUAAUGGCGUUGCAGUGAGUCCGAAACCAGUCCAGGCUAACUGAGUCACCCAGGAGAAUUGGGACAGUCAGUCUCAGAGUCUUGAUUGAACACCUUAGCUGAACACAAGCGCAGACGUGUGUGUGUGGAUGCCGAUAGCAAGAAUCCGAUCUUGGUGACAUUAGCUCGGCACAGCUGAGUGCUGGCCUGGACUGUGUUUUUAACUCUAUGCAGUGUCAAAAUGUACUGUCUACUUGUUGACCUGUUGAUUUGUGUGCUUGUAUAGGUCACCUAUGUUUCAGUAGCUGUGGUUUUUCUUUGGGGCUGUUGUUGAUGAUGUAAAAAGCAGAUUGUGCCUACACUGAGUUCAGUGCUGCUCUGUGCUACCUGUUCGACCCAGCUAUCAAUCUUUUUAUUUGCCCCCUACCCCUUACUGUUUUCUAUUUUGCUGUGUAUCUUUAGAUAUUGUUCAAACUGUGGAUUAUCGUGCAGUUUGAAGUUUGUGUAUAUCUCAAUAUGUAUACAGUACGUGAGUGUGUAUGGCUGUAGUGGUGAUUAUUUUUCAUACUAAUACUAAUAGAUAUUUAUUUUUGUUUUGCAUGAUUGAUACAAAGGCAGGUGCAAGUCAGUUAUUAACGUCUGAUCAAGUGGGAUGUUCAUGUAACAUCGCUGUUUUACCCAAGCUGUGUUUCCUGUGAUUCAUGCAUUGUGAAUGUGUCAUGACAAGUGCAUAUAAGUUCUACAGGAUACAUGUAUUCAUUACCAAACAUGCAUUAACACGGUGAGCACGACAGUGUACACUCCUGUAUACACAUACAACAGAGACAUACAGUAUGUUGCCUUUCUUAAAGUUCAUUUUUUUCAUCUAUGAUAAUGUCACUAUGUCACAAGAGAAGAGAUUAUUUAAAGAGAUUAAUAUGAAUAGAUAGACACAUAAUAAAUAUUAAAAUUAGUCUAAGAUUCUAGAUUUUAUUAAGUAGGAUGUUGUGCAGGUGUCUGCAUGCACAACUUAAAUAUAUUUGUAUAAUUUUAAACCAAAGAGUAAAUUAUUUACUUUCAAUCACAGUCUUUGCACUCCAGUAACCCACAAUGUAAAUAUCAGCUAGGGGGACUGCAGUUUGCCACAUGGAGUGUGUAAUGUCAUCAGAGAACAGCGCUCCAAGACAAUACUUAUGUUGUGUUGUAAAUCACAUGCCAGUGAAUCGAUGCUGUAUUCAAACUGUUGUUGUCUUCUUGCGUUCAGUUGUGUGGAAGCAGACAUUACAGCUGAUAAUGGAAGGUGUAUAAUGUAUGAUCUGCCAUGAAAUGUCAGAUAUAAAGUCCCCCCCUGUGGCCCUCGUGCUGGAUAUCGGCAAUCAUGAUGGUGUUGCCAUGACAACAAUGCUGUGCUCUGUGGUUUAGUGUGGACUUGUGUGCCUGUGUUACUGCCAUUCAAAGAUUUAAUAACUUAAGACACUCCUCCUGUGAGUUCAUGGAAAGUGCAAUACAAAUCUUUUGUUUUUAACUAAAUAAUGUAUUUAUUUAUUUAGAAAUCAGAUCUUCCAUCAUAUUUAUUCAA